UUUAUUCUUUUUGGAGUUUUCGUAUAAUUUUAAUUAGGAUCAAUUGAUUUGCUCUGAUUGUACACUGAUUUGAUUGCAAUAAAGUGAUAUUUAUACAAAAUUUUACAUAUUUGUAAGAAAAGUGUUAAGCUAAGCAUGAUCGAACGAUAUUACAAUUUAGUUGAGACGCCAACGUUUUGAUUAAUAGAAAAUGAUUACUUUUGUAUGCAAGUGAGUGCACAGCCACCAUUUUUAAUUUUUGUGUUUAUUUUGUGAUCGACAUUCAGUGUGUGAAUUGGGAGCAGAUAUACCGAGUGCAUAUAUGAUCGCUUUCCACUAUAUUUGCCACACGAAUUCUGAGUUUAAUAACAUAAAAAUUUGUGUUCCUUGAUUUUGUUAUGCCGCAGUGAAAUAAGAAAUAGACACCGAUUUUGCGGUUAGCUUUCGCUAAUGGCAGGUCACGGUUGCGUUGGUGUUGGGAGUGUGGGAGGUAUUGGUGGUUGUGGAAGCGGUGUAGGCGUUGCAAGUGGUGGUUCUGGAAGUGGGGGUGGUGCGAAUGCGAAUGUGAACACCCACGCAGUGGUUGUGUGGGAAUACGAAUCUGGUAAUGGGAAGUGGCUACCCUACAGUCCUGAUGUUUCUCAACAUUUAGAACGGGCACAUGCCAAAAAGCUAACGCGUGUACUUCUCAGUGACGCCGACCCACAACUUGAACAAUACUAUGUUAAUAUACGAACUAUGACCCAAGAGUUAGAAGAAGAUUCUGGCUUUUCCACAAUUAAUGUGCGCCGAAUGUUUUAUGUGCCAAGCUCUCCACCAGGCAAGGGUACGAAAUGGGAGCGUUUGGGUAGCGCAGGGCCGGGAGAUUGGCAUCCAUUUAAUAUGCAUUUACAGUGUAUAAUUGAGGAUGCCUGGUCUAAAGGCGAACAGCGACUCGAUCUAUGCAAUACAAGAUUUUGUGCUCCGUAUAUAAUAAACUUCUGCAACCUAACGCAAAUUCGUCAACCCAAUGGACCAAUACGCAGUAUUCGUCGCACACAGCAGGCACCAUAUCCACUGGUGAAAUUAACGUCUCAACAAGCACAGCAGCUAAAUGUGAAUUUCUAUAAUGAUUUCUGUACUAAACGAAACAACACGCUACCGAAAACAUCUGCUAAAAUAACCGACACAAAACAACUGCAGCAACGCAUGGCAACUCAUAAUAAUGGACUACCAACGACUUCGAUGUCACAUGGCAGUCGACAACCUCAGCCGUUACCGCCAAUGGCAACGGUAUCCAGUCAACAUCUACCACAUGGGCAUCAUCAACAGCAACUAAUACACCAUCAUGGCAACUCUCACAUACAAGCGAAUACGCAUGCGCAUACACAGCACCGCAGUAAAUCUCACAAAAAGAAUGGAGAAAUUUCCACCACAAAUUUGCGCCACAUACUAAACAAUCUGAACAUAUUUGGCAGUAGUACAAAGAGCAACAACCCCCAUUUGAAUAACAACGCCAAUGUGGCGCAACUUGGACAUACACCAGUGGCUGCAGCGGCAAAUCACCUGAGUCUGCCAUUUUCACAUGCGAAAACUCCAUUAACUGCGUCCAUGAAAAGCCAUCAUAGUCGUUGUUCAGACGGUUCCCUGCAGUCACAGCGCAGCAGCCGUUUGGGUUCGCAUCGCUCACGUUCACGCACUCGUGCUUCCGACACUGACACAAACAGUAUGAAAUCGACAAGGCGUCCCAGUGUAGACACCGUCUCCACCUAUCUAUCGCACGAAAGCAAAGAAAGCUUGCGUAGUCGCAAUUUCGCCAUAUCCGUUAACGAUCUGCUAGACUGUUCAUUAGGUAGUGAUGAGGUGUUUAUACCCUCACUGCCACCAUCCUCUCUAGGUGAACGUGCGCCAGCACCGCCACCACUGCCGCAUCAUGCGAGUUCACUAAAUUUAGCGCCGUCUGUGGGCACAGCAGGUGGCUCUGUGACCGUCGGUGUCUCACUUCACAACACGCAGCAGCAUCAGCAAUCUCAACAACAUCUACUGUCCUCAACAACACAACAGUCGGCCAUUGCCGGCUCCAUUGUGGGCGUGGAUCCGGCGAGCGAUAUGAUUUCGCGAUUCGUUAAGGUUGCCGAACCUCCCGUGUGGCCGAACGCGCAACCGUGUCCCAUGUGUAUGGAGGAGCUGGUGCAAAAUGCGCAGAAUCCUACCAUAGCAUUGACGCGCUGUCAGCAUUUAAUGCAUCUGCAAUGUCUGAAUGGCAUGAUUAUUGCGCAGCAAGGUGAAAUGUCCAAAAAUCUCUUUAUUGAGUGUCCAGUGUGUGGCAUUGUUUAUGGCGAGAAAGUUGGCAAUCAACCCAACGGCACCAUGUCGUGGAGUAUUAUUAGUAAAAGUUUGCCCGGCCAUGAGGGCCAAAACACCAUACAAAUUGUUUACGACAUUGCAUCGGGUGUACAAACAGAGGAGCAUCCGCAUCCAGGUCGCGCAUUCUUUGCUGUUGGUUUUCCGCGUGUCUGCUAUUUACCUGACUGUCCGCUUGGCCGGAAGGUAUUACGUUUCCUUAAAAUUGCUUUUGACCGGCGUCUUCUCUUCUCCAUUGGCCGCUCAGUGACGACAGGACGUGAAGACGUUGUUAUCUGGAAUAGUGUUGAUCACAAAACUCAGUUCAAUAUGUUCCCCGAUCCCACAUAUUUGCAGCGUUGCAUGCAACAAUUAGUACACUUGGGUGUCACCGAUUAAUUUUCAUCGCAAAAUAUUUAUAACAAACAUAUACACAUACAAACAUAUAUACAUCUAAGAUUUAUCCAUUAUUUUUACAAUUUAAUUAAGUGUGCAAUUUGAAAGUGUUUCAAAGUAAAUUGCGUUUGAGUUGCUCGAACGUUAAAACACCCAAGUGGCCUUUGCGUUGUGGCAACCCUGUGGCUAACGAAACGUGAUGGUUGAUGAAUUGUAACAAACGCAUAUCUUCAUAAGCUUUAAAAGUGUAGGUUUUAAAAAUUUACAAGACUUCCUUGAAUGUUCUUCCAUUUACUCUCUAAAUUUUAAAUAUUUUAAGUAGUUUUAUUCUCAUAUACACACAUACACAUAUAUAAAUAUAUAUGUAUUUUAGCUUUUGUUUAAGUAGAAAUGUAGUACAUUAGCAAUUAUGCGACAAGAAAUGGACUUAGUGAAAAUUUUGAGGGGAAAAUGUGUGCCAAUUUAGAUAAACUUGUAACGGUAUUAACGAGUAGCACCUAUGUGUAGUACCGAGGCAACAUUAAUAAAUUUGUCUAAUACAUCCCAUACAAUGUUCAAAAAUAUCUGCAAAAUUUGGCAGAGAAGUUGAUUCAUAAAUGUAUUUUUGUAAUCCCUAUGCAUUUAACAUAAUGUGACAUGUCAAGCAACAAAUUCUCUAUCGCUUAUCUCAAGUAUUGCCAAACGAAUAAGUCGUCUUUGAUACUACAUAUAGUAUAGCUAGAAGACAAUGGUUUUCUUUAAGUUGAUUUUUUCUACAUUUAAGAAUCUCCUAUAUAUGUAGGUGUAAAAAAAAAUAAAUUGUGUGAUCUUAUGGCAUGAUUUUGUUCGUUUUUUGUUUGUUUUUUUUUUCUAGUUAAGUUUUCUUUUAAAAGUAUUUUAUACAAUUAUAAUGUGCAUUUACUUUAUAUUUAUACCUAUACAAUUUGUAUAGGCCAAAGGUGUGCAAGUGGAACUGAUUAGCUAGUUUUGUUAAGUUAUACUCGUAACGGUUUCAUACCAUGAUCUUUAGUGUAGUUUUGAAUUUGCAAAUAAACGAUUU